AUUUUUCUGCUAUUGGCUAACUUGCUAAGCGAGAGCUCUCCAUCUGCAGGAGGAGGCAAAGGGGGCUGCUACCAUCAAAAACAGGCAGUCAGAUCCGAGGACUAGACCUUUUCCGGAGAAUUAGUGGUUUCUUAUUUGAAAGGAGGCAGUAAUUAGAAAGGCGACACAAUGUCUGAUUUUGACAGUAAUCCGUUCGCAGACCCGGAUUUCAGCAAUCCCUUUCAGGAUCCUUCGGUGACCCAGGUGACACGGUCGACCCCUCCUGGCGGUCUGGAGGAAUAUAACCCCUUCACAGACGCUAGAACGGCAGCACCUGGAAAUGCGCCCAAACCGACACCCGCCCCGUCCCAGAACACACAACCUGCCAUCAUGAAACCUACAGAAGAGCCGCCAGCUUAUUCACAGCACCAGACUCAGCCGCAACGUAACGAGGACCAAGCGCGUGCUCAGGCAGAGCUGCUGAGAAGGCAGGAGGAGCUGGAAAAGAAAGCUGCAGAGCUUGAUCGCCGGGAGAGAGAGUUGCAGUCCCACGGAGUAGCAGGAGGCCGCAAGAACAACUGGCCUCCACUACCAGAAAAGUUUCCCGUCGGUCCGUGUUUCUAUCAUGAUAUUGCCGUAGACAUUCCUAUUGAGUUCCAGAAGACCGUCAAGAUCAUGUACAACCUUUGGAUGUUUCAUGCAGGCACGCUCUUUGUGAACAUGUUUGGCUGUCUGGCGUGGUUCAUCGUGGAUGCCUCUCGUGGGGUGGAUUUUGGCCUGUCCAUGCUCUGGUUUCUGCUCUUCACCCCGUGUUCUUUCGUCUGCUGGUACAGACCGCUUUAUGGGGCCUUCAGGAGUGACAGUUCAUUCCGCUUCUUCGUCUUCUUCUUCGUCUACAUUUGUCAGUUCGGAGUCCAUGUUCUACAGUCGAUUGGCAUCGCUGGCUGGGGAACAUGUGGCUGGAUUGCAGCGCUAACUGGUCUGAACACCAGCAUCCCAGUCGGUAUCAUCAUGUUACUGAUUGCAGCUCUGUUCACUGCGCUGUCCGUGGGAUCGCUCAUAAUGUUUAAAAAGGUGCAUGCGCUGUACCGAACCACUGGUGCCAGUUUUGAGAAGGCUCAGCAGGAGUUUGCGACUGGCGUCAUGUCAAACAAGACGGUUCAGACCGCAGCCGCCAACGCUGCCGCUAAUGCUGCGACCAAUGCUGCUCGCGGGGCCUUCAAGCCUCAUCCAUAAACAAAACACACACAGGCCGCACACGCUCACACACCCCACCAAACACACACAACAACAAGAUGGAGACGCUCAGCUCUGGUCCUGCUGUCUCUCAGAUUCAACAGAAUAUAUUUAUGAAUGUUUCCCCUGCACAUUUAUCUUCUAAAAUGUGAAGUUAAAUAACAGACUAGUUACUAGAGUUGUUUAUCUUCACCUAAAGCCUAACAUCUGUGAAGACACUACAAAAUUCACCCUAUCUGCUUUACAGUCAGGUGACUGUCUCAAGGUGGGCUCUGUGUGUGUGGGGUGAUGUCAUCAUGCACACUUACCCACUUCUGUGCUCCCCUCAUCCUUCUGUCCCCUGUGAGCUGAUCCCAGAUCAGGCAGAAGUCACAUCUCUUGCAUAGUUAGUGAUGGUGAUGACCUCCGAACAGCUUCCUGCCUGAUGAAUUCAGUGUAGACUUAUGAGAAGUUAGAGUCUGUUUGCACAUAGUUUAGUUUUUGUUUAUUAUUAUUUUUUGAAUAACUGGACGUCAGUGUGAUGCAGUGAUACAUUAAUCGCUUUUCUUUCAUCCAUUUUUUGGACAUUUAGGACUUAAAGGUACAGUUCACUUCGUCUUGUAUCUGUGCUAAAUGUAGCAAGAUGAUAGCGUUCUCAUUAUGGAAAAAUGGAUUCAUAUUCUUAUAAUAAUUGAACAAUCCCCCAGGUAUACAUCUCAGUUCUGUUCUGUGUGCUCUUUUGCUUGGGCUGAUUCGGCAGCUUAAGAUUAUCCAGCAUGACAGCAACAAGCGUGCUUGGCACACACUACACUUUAACUUCAUUCCCUUUUUUCAGGCUUCACAUGUUGCUGGUUGAGGGGGGGAGUGACUCAAGUCCCGACUUAAAACAGCCUGGUGUAUUCAAAGUGGGGGAAAAUGCAACAAAAACCGAUGUUCCCUUUCAUUUAUGAAUGGCAUUUACUCAUUACCACACUAAGUGACUCUCUCAGUUGUUUUUGUAGCUGUUCUCACUUGUUGGAAAAACUAACGCUGCUAUUAACCUCAGAGCCGCUUGUUGUUGGGCUCCUGCUGUCCUGUUUCCUGUUCAAAAAGAAACAAAAUACCACACGUGGAGAGAACUGAAAUGCCUUUUCUCUCAGGAGAUUUUUUUUUUAUUUCUUGAGACUAACCUGCACAUAUGUUAAAAAGGAAAAAAAAAAAAAACUUGAAACUGUGUACAUGUACACUACAUAGGCUAACAGUGGCUAUCAUUUCAACUGGUUUUCCUCUGUAGGAAAUUACUGGCUCCAGAAAAUGUGUACCCAACGUAAAUACUGAAGGAACAGGGGACUGAACUGGAUGCACUCUCAGUGCCAUCACCAACACACGUUAAUUUAUUCACACUAAAGUUGUACAGACUACUGUCACUGAGGUGAAAUGUGGAUGUGCGUUUGUUUUUUUUUUCUUUUUUUGUUGUGCCGAAGCACUUCACGUAGUGAACGUGAUUGUCUGACGAUGUGCAUGAUAAACGAAUGAUAACUGCUGUGCUAAACAUUAAAUACUCCCAAAAGUAAAUGCUAGAAAGUAAAGGAUACUUCCUGAAAUAAUAAGCUUAAAUCUUGGCAGUAUUGCUUUUAUUUGAAGUUGUUUGGGGUUUUUUUGUAAUACGUUACACAUUUCUUGUUUUUACAUCCAAGUUAGUGAAAAUCAUGUUUUUAUUUAUUUUAUUUAAGUUGUUUGCAAUUUUGCCUGUGUGUGUUUUCUUUUUUGUAAUGACAUGGUUAACGCGACAACUAGGCUGCAGAAAGUUCUGCAAACACGUGUGUGUGUUUUAUGAGAGUGAGAGUAAAUGAUUUGGUAUGGAAGAAUUAAACUCCCUCAAGUGUUAUUUUAUGUCCUGAAAAGCUGUGAGAAACUACCAAAUGUGCAUAGAAAAGUUUUUCCAAAUCUUGCUUUGUGAUGUGCGCCCUUCAGUUUUACCUUAAGUUAUUACAACACUCUGCUGCAUACACCCACAUGAUUACCAUGUAUUUAUACUUUUGAAGUCGUUCUACGAAGCCUUGCCACAGUGGUUAGUUUUUUUGAUGUAUUUGGCGAGCUGGUUCUGCUGUACAGAACUGUGUGUUUUUGAAGUCUGCUGACACAAAACAGUGUUUUCUGGCCUGUGGUAGUGUUAUUCGACAGAUUCAGAGAGGAAAAGUGACACCUGUAUAUUUUGUAAAGUUUAAUCCUCAAUAUCAAUCACGUGUAAAAAAGGAAAAAAAGUUAAUGCACUCCUGUCUGGCUUUUGUCGCAUGUGAAAUAGUUUCAGUUUUGUAUAUUUAUGGUAUUAACAUUAAAUAAAAUUUGAAAGAAGUAA